GCCCAUCUCGCAGCUUUGAGCUCUGCCUCACCCCACGCAUUCGAGUUCUCAAAUCUACUAAUUCCUAUUGAAUCAACAAUCUCAAUGGCUUCCAAAUGCCCCUCUCCGUCCCUGAGGUCUGCAGACGUCGCGUUGCUGAACGUGACCGAGCUUUUGCACGAGCGAUAUCAGGACGCCCCGACAGACGACUGGGAACGGCUGGUAAAAUGCUGGGGUUAUAACGAUUGCGGUGAUUGCCAUCGGAGUAAGGGUCAUUGUGGAUGGUGUGCUAUCUCUGGAACAUGCCUACCUCUUCCCAAGGAUCGACUGUCCCGCGCAUUUCCCCUACUCACCCCCAUCCGACACAAGAACAUCUGCGCUCUUGGAUCUGAACGCUUCGAGCUUCGUACUUCAGGUCUGGGAUGCCAGGUUUCCACGAUCACGUUCCUGACAGCCAUCGUCACCAUCUUUGCGACAAUCUUCGGACUUCUGGUUUUGUACGGUCUGGUCCAGUUGCUCAAGUGGGUCAGGAUAGCAUUCAACAACGGCGGUUGGAGGAUUCACGAGGACGGAACGGAAGAGAUCUGGGUCAGAAAGGGUGAGAGCUGGGGCAGAUGGUGGAGGCGCCUUGACGGAGAUGAGCGAGAGUUUGAGGUUGAGGAGGUCGAUGGGGGAACGGCGGAGAGGUCAUGGCAUGCGUGGGGCGCUGGAGGGAGGGGACAAAAUGGAUCUGCGGGUGAGAGAAGGUCAUUGCUCGGUUGAGCUGAGGUUGAAAUUGUGGUAUUGAUGCGUUUUAUGCUGGAGUUGAACUUCAAGGGAGGGCACAGGAUCACAUCGGGCUCACCCAGGUUUUCUUUCGGACGGGGCAGGCGUUCUCUUCACCUUUACUCCGCGUAAUUUGAGUUGCGUGAUAUCAAAACAAGACGGUCAAUAGCUCUGGACCCGUGCUGUUUCCCUUACCUUUACCACUUCGCCGCGCUUUGACCGCUUCACUGGCCCAACAGCUUAUAAUUAACAUUUCCGCUUG